AGCGGAGCCUCGACUGCCCCCCGGGUCUCCGCCGGUGUCCUCUGCCUCUUUGUGUCCGUGUGUGGCCACUCGGUCUUGGACUCACAGCUCACCUCCAGCCUCCGUCGAGCCUCCGGGAGGACGCGGGUUCGGUGUCCGGGACUGCGGGCGGGGAGCCGGGCUGAGCUCUCCCGGGGAGCCGGUGUCCGCCUGGUUCUUCCGCCGUGCGGUCCCGAUGGAUUUUACUUAAACGUGUCCCCGUGAAGCCGCAACAGUGCGCCGUGCUAAUGCGCUGAUUAGCCGGCUCUGCUAACCAGUUGGUUCCGGUCUAAGCAGGUUUGGUCCCAGCUUCAGCUCACCAUGGCAGAGCUCCACCAGGCGCCCGCCUCGCUGUGCUGCUGCCGUAAAUCCCUGCCGGACUCCGGGGGCCGGUGCUCCGGGGACUUGGCCCGGCCCUCUGCGGGCCUGGGUCUGGAACGCUGCCCCCUGGUGGACGUGGCAUCCGCGUCGAACUUCAGGAGCUUCCAGCUGCGUCACUUCCACCUGGACCUGCGGCUGAACUUUGCGGUGAAGGAGAUGAGCGGCUGGCUGGUUCUGGACCUGGUCCCGGUGCAGCCGGGGGUCUGCUCCCUCAUCCUGGACUCCCACCCUUCUUUAUUGAUCCACUCCAUAGACUGUAAGGUGCCGGGCGCCGGGCAGCAGGAGCCCGUGUCCCUCACCUACCGCGUGGACCCGUUCACCGACUACGGCUCGUCGCUCAGCAUCAGCCUGCCGACCGCGGCGGCGAAGCCAGGCCGGGCGGUCCAGAUCACGGUCCGCUACACCACCACGGACGGGCCGGCGAUCUGGUGGCUGGACUCGGAGCUCACCUGCGGUCAGCUUCGUCCUCUGGUCUUCACUCAGGGUCACUCGGUGUGUAACCGCUCCUUCUUCCCCUGCUUCGACACGCCCGCCGUCAAGAGCACAUACACCGCCACGGUCCGGGUCCCGGACGGCGUGACGGUCCUCAUGAGUGCGUCUCGGAGUUCGUACUCCAAACAGGACCGCGUCUUCCAGUUCUCCAUGGAGUUUCCUGUACCCUCCUACCUGGUGGCGCUGGUGGCCGGCGAGCUGCAGCACGUAGACGUCGGGCCGAGGAGUCGUGUGUGGGCGGAGCCUUGCCUGUUGUCCUGCGCGGUGAAGAAGCUAGGGGGCAGCGUGGAGCGCUGGCUGGGCGUCGCCGAGGACCUGUUUGGACCUUACCUGUGGGGCAGGUGCGACAUCGUCUUCCUCCCUCCCUCCUUCCCCAUCGUCGCCAUGGAGAACCCCUGCCUCACGUUCAUCAUCGCCUCCAUCCUGGAGAGCAGCGAGUUCCUGCUGAUCGACGUCAUCCACGAGAUCGCCCACGGCUGGUUCGGCAACGCCGUCACCAACGCCACCUGGGAGGAGAUGUGGCUGAGCGAAGGCCUGGCGACGUACGCCCAGCGAAGGAUCACCACGGAGGCCUACGGUGAGCCGUUCACCUGCCUGGAGACUGUUGUGCGAUUGGACGCCCUCCACAGACAGCUGCGUCUCCUUGGAGACAGCAACCCCGUGAGCAGGCUGCAGGUCAAGUUUGAGUCAGGUGUGAACCCGAGCACGCUGAUGAACCUGUUCACCUACGAGAAAGGAUUCUGCUUCGUGUCGUAUCUGUCAGAGGUCAGCGGAGACGUGAGACGCUUCGACUGUUUCCUCAGGGUCAGCGCACACGCACACACAGACACAUUUGACCUCUCGACCUGGAGCACCUUUCAGAUCGUCCUUUUCCUGGACCGCAUGCUGGACCACUCGCCGCUGCCGCACAGUGUGAUGGCGAGCCUGUCGGACUCGUACUCGUCGCUGUUCGACGGGCUGAACGCCGAGGUGCAGAUCCGCUGGCUGCAGAUGGUGGUGAGGAACAGCUUCUACCCCGACCUGCCGCGAGUGCGAGCCUUCCUGCACAAACACACGUCCAGGAUGUACACGGUGCCGCUGUAUGAGGACCUGGUUGCUGGGGUGAUGAAGUGUGUUGCCGUGGAGAUCUUCUACCAGACACAGCGGCGGCUGCACCCGAACCUCAGACGCACGCUGCAGCAAAUCCUGUUCCAGACCAGCUCGACCAAUCAGAAUGGCUCCGCUCUGCCUCCCUCCUCCGGCUCCACCCCCCCGCAGGAGCCGACUGCUGCCGUGGCGACUUCCUCCCCUGGCGGAGCCGCCGGGACAACUGCCACCAUUGCUCUGCGUGAUGUCAACGUCUCGGCGUGAUGCCCGGACUACAGGAAGUAGAAACAAUCAACAGGAAGCCUCACUCCAGAUGUUUUAAAAGGUUUGAUGUGGGUCAAAGGUCACUGCUUGAAAGCUUGGCCUGUGUCCGGCGAGGAGGGCCCUGGUUGGACCCUAGAGUGUUUUUAUGCGACUGACGACAGAGCAGAGGUCAGGUCGUUCUUCUUCUCAGCUUCUGGCAGAAACGCGCCGCCAGAGCGGCGUCGCGUAAUCAGGUUGCGUUCGUGCUAACUCGCUCAGCGACUAGGCUGUGUGGGCGGAGUUCGACCGGGCAGGGACGGAGACGCCAUGCUUGCUGAUGAUUCAGUGAGAAAAACAUUUCAGCCUUACGCUCGUUCUCUGCCCGUGCGCUCACUGCUGGUUGGUUUCGCCGUGAGUGCCUUUGCCUUGUUGAAGUCUCUGCCCCGUCACUGUGUGGGCGGAGCCUCUGUGACAGUGUUUAAACUCUACCUCCGCUUGUGUGGACUCACCUGAAGGACCUCAGAACACCAGCAGAUCACCUUAACGCUGCCUUCGUGCAGCUGGGAACACGCAGCCUUCUGUCUGUCUGGGCUCUGAGACGUCCCACCGACACUGAACGCCUCCUCGCUCUCUGAAUGUUGAAGAUAACGGUUGAAACCUCAUGUUUACCUGACCUCUGACUAAACGAGCUCGUGUUGCCUGUUUGUUUUUACUGUUUUAUGGACGUUUGUUUUUAUGAACUGCUGACCCUUUAAUAAACACGAUAUCCAAUCAGAAUCCAUGAA